GCGCCGCCGCCGUCGCUGCUGACCCGGCGGCCGGGCCUCCCUCAGCGCCCGCCCGCGCCCCGGGCCGCCGAAGAUGGGGACCACGACCUCGUGCUGCGUGUCGGCCAGCCCCAAGCUCCGCAGGAACGCGCACUCGCGCCUGGAGUCCUACCGGCCCGACGCGGACCUGAGCCGCGAGGACACGGGCUGCAACCUGCAGCACAUCAGCGACCGGGAGAACAUCGACGAUUUGAACAUGGAAUUCAAUCCUUCAGAUCAUCCUCGGGCCAGCACAAUAUUCCUCAGUAAAUCUCAGACGGACGUGAGAGAAAAACGCAAGAGUCUCUUCAUUAACCAUCAUCCUCCAGGACAAAUAGCAAGGAAGUACAGCUCCUGUUCCACGAUCUUCCUAGAUGAUAGCACAGUCAGUCAACCAAACCUCAAGUACACAAUUAAAUGUGUAGCUCUUGCAAUAUAUUAUCACAUCAAAAACAGGGACCCAGAUGGAAGGAUGCUCUUAGAUAUUUUUGAUGAAAACCUUCACCCUCUUUCGAAAUCUGAAGUGCCACCAGAUUAUGACAAACACAACCCAGAGCAGAAGCAGAUUUACCGGUUUGUUCGGACACUGUUCAGUGCUGCGCAGCUGACAGCUGAAUGUGCCAUUGUCACUCUGGUGUACCUGGAGAGGCUGUUAACAUACGCGGAGAUAGAUAUCUGUCCAGCCAACUGGAAGCGGAUUGUGCUAGGGGCAAUCCUGCUGGCUUCCAAGGUGUGGGAUGACCAGGCCGUGUGGAACGUGGAUUACUGCCAGAUCCUGAAGGACAUCACAGUGGAGGACAUGAAUGAGCUAGAGCGACAGUUUCUUGAAUUGCUCCAGUUCAACAUCAACGUCCCUUCCAGUGUGUAUGCCAAGUAUUAUUUUGAUCUUCGUUCUCUGGCAGAAGCAAACAACCUGAGCUUUCCCUUGGAGCCCCUGAGCAGAGAGAGGGCCCACAAGCUUGAGGCCAUCUCUCGCCUCUGUGAGGACAAGUACAAGGACCUGAGAAGAUGCUCACGGAAGCGGUCAGCCAGUGCUGACAAUCUGAGCCUGCCGCGGUGGUCCCCAGCCAUCAUCUCCUAACUGCGCAGUGUCCCCAGGGAGCCCGCACCACCCCUCCGUUUCUCCUGUGGCGUGAGAAAAGACAGCUGGGGUGGUUUUAUUUCUGUUCUUCCUUCCUUUUUCUAACUCAGCCCCGUCAGGAAGCCUUCACACCGCCUGGCGCUGUUGGCCCCACACAACAAGGCUUCGAGGGAAGCAGAGUCGGUAUUUGGAAACCUGUUCCCGCCUUUCCCCAUCUCCAUUAACAGCACUUCCUUCAUGGAGGAAACAGACUCUCAUCCUGGAGGAGGAAACAAAGGGAAAGGAAGUUGUGUGGAGGAGGGAAAAUGGUUGAGUGGCUUGGCCAUUUCUUAAAUGCCCCAUCUGAUCAGGAGGUGAAUGCGUUAGAAGCGCACAGUAGGUAGCCACGUUGGAUGUGCAUUAAAGACAGGAGUGCCAUGCUUACCACCCAUUUGGAUCAGUGUGUUCUGUAAGACUUAUUGCAUUCCUUCUUGCUGCUUUUUUGGGGGGAUUUGAGGGAUUUUAUUUUUAUUCUGUUUUGGUCCCACAGAGCAGAGAAUAUAGUUUGUACCCGUUAUGGCACAGACAUCCAAAUAAAUAAUACUGGUUUUCUCUCUGCACUAUUUUUGUGAGCUGUCUUCUGAGCUUUCUUCUUCGCAAGUGGGAUGUGCUUCUUAACAUUUCUGUACAUCUUUAUUGUACUGUAUAUGGUUUUUCUUCAACAGUGGCAAAAUUAACUUGACUAUAGUGUUGAACCAAAAGUAUCCCUUUCUCUUCUUACUCCUCACUCCAAGAAAAUUCUAGUUCAUAUGGGUGCUUGUGCCUUCCAGUUUUCUUAUCUUUGCUGUUUUUGUUCUUUUCAUUUGUACACCACCCCACCCCAUCUCCCCAGUUGUAGUUACAAAUCAGUCCGGCUUUGUGGGCUGAAGAAAACAGUGUGUAGGAAAGGGCUUUCCUGGCCGAGACUGAGCCAGGGAGCUCCAUGUGCCAGUCUCUAUGUGGAAGCAUUUCUCUGUUCUCCUGUCUAGUUCCUCCUUCUACUACCAUGUCCAUUGUUGCAAGCAAUAUUCUUCUCAAUUUUUAUAUGUUUACUCUAAAUCAAAGUUAGCCUAUUUGUAUAAAAUUUUUUUAAAAAUUUAAAACUAAAAAAAAGGGGGGUGGUGGGUAUUCCAGUAGGAAGAUCACUAACAGGGAAAUGUUACUAUUUACUGAGGUAUUUUUCACAGAAUGAUUGAAUAAAAACUCAACUUGCAAUUUCAUUGUGGGUGCUUAGAGGAGAUACAAAAUCCAAACUGUGAAGGUUUAUGCUUCAUUAAUUAUGACCAUGCUUUUUCAUUUUCUGACUAUCCCUGAUUUUCUUAUGAGCUAGAUAUAAGAAUAUUUUAUAUCAGGUAAAAUAAAAAAAUUAAAGAUAAAAUAGCAAAUUUGGUAUGAAAUCUAAGAAUCUGAGUCAUUUACACAGAUAAGGCUUUCGGCUUUUGCUUAUUUUCCUAGGCCACAGUGACUGAGGUUUCUGAGUAUUUUCCCUUUUCCAGUCUGAGGCAAAUAACAGCAGACGGUCUGUGUUUCACUGUCUGUCUUGUGAGCUUGGAAAACUUUAGAAUUCUGUUAAUUAGUCUCGAGUACCCCAAAGGCAUACACCUGACCCCCAUCUUACUUCCUCAAAGUGAACUAUGCUUUGGAAAUGGAAGGGACUCAGAAAGUCAAAAUCCCAAGAGCACCGAGCCAAAAGUCAGUUUAAAUGGAAUGUGUGUAAAUAAUUAUUGGGGCCAGAAAUAUGGCCAAAUUCCUUCUGGACUACACUUUCAAAUGCAGACAGCAGAAAAUGAAAACUUAAUUACCUUCCCAUUGUAAUUGUGAUUUACUUUGAAUGGGAACCAAAUCAGCUUCUCUCUUCAAGUAAGAGCUGAAUUUAGAACUUUAAAUAGAGAUCUAAAAAUGUAGAAAAUAUCAUUUUAUAUUCCCUAAUCUACAUAACUUAAAAAGGGACAUAUUUUCUUAGCCAAAUAUGAAUACCUCCUAGACAUAAAUUCAUUCCUCUCAUGUAAAAUAUCUUAUUUUAUUGAUCCAUUUCAUGAAAAAGGUUCUGCUGACUUUAGAGCAGAAAUCUUAUUUUUAUCCCUUUUAUUUGAGAGAUUUGAAAAUUGAAUAUGUAAAUAUUUCAAUGCAUCUGCUAUUAUUUUGUGGAGUUUAUUAAACUACUUUUAAAAAUUGUAUAGUCUAUUUAUUGUAUGUAUGUACAUACAGUCUAAUACAUGAAAUUUAAAGUGGAUUCCGUAUAACCUGGUUCAGUCUUGUUUAGACUAUUGAACAUUGUUUUAGCCUUGUGCACUGGACUCUACCUCUGUAUAGGAAAAUUUUCCUUAUUCAUUAAUUACUAUUGAUCUGUAUUAAUUGGUUAUGUUUCUUGCACUAAGGAUUUUUAAAACUACUGUAAGUGUAGGUUUUAGUUUUACCUUUGCAGAUGAAUCACUUGACUUAUAGAUAGAUCUUAGGUUCAUUUUAUUUUUCUACAUGAUGAUGAAGGCAACAUUUUUUGUUCUCUGCUUUGUUCUGUUUGCCAAAAGAAAAAACAAACAAAAAUACAAAACCAGUACAGUACUUAGUGAUAAAUCUUAGUGACUAUAAUUUGUUUGCAAAGUGAUUAAAUGCCCUACAAUUAAAACUGGAUGGCUACUUAGGAACACAUUGUCUUAGUGUAGUUUUUGAAUGCAGAGUUUUCCGUCAUUAAUUUCAAUGAAGAAAACUUCACAAUUUGUUGACUUUUUAGAUUUGACUUAAACAACAAAUAAAGUCAUUGGGACAAUAAUAGACA